AAAGAAGAAGCAAAGUCACCAUUGAAAGAGUGAAGACGAGAGCUUCUCAAAAGACGCGAAAAGUUCUUCAUUCUCCUUUCCAUUCAAUCGAAUCUCUCUGAAAUUCACUGAAUCUCAUUCUUUUCUUUCUUCCUGGAUUUCCAUAAUAUUCAUACAUAUAAUCUACCGUCUUCUUCGUCGUGGUCUGCUCAAUCAGCUCAUCCUCUCCCUAAGCAUCGCCGGAGCUCUCAUAACCGCUUACGGUGACGAUUAUUAGCUGAGGCGUUACAAAUUGAUCGAAUAUGUCGAAGCGUGGUUAUAAAUUGCAGGAGUUUCUGGCUCAUUCUGGGAAUGUAAAUUGUUUGACUAUUGGAAAGAAGAAUUCUCGGCACUUUCUAACAGGUGGUGAUGAUCAGAAAGUGAACCUUUGGUCGAUUGGGAAGGACACUUCUUUAUCGAGCCUAAGUGGUCAUACAAGCCCAGUUGAAUCUGUUGCAUUUGACUCAUCUGAGGUUUUUGUGCUUGCUGGAGCAUCUGCCGGUUCAAUUAAGCUUUGGGAUUUGGAAGAAACAAAAGUGGUUCGCACUCUACCUGGACACAGAUCCAAUUGCACUGCAGUUCAAUUCCAUCCCUUUGGUGAAUUUUUUGCAUCUGGUGCCCUGGAUGCUAAUCUGAAGAUUUGGGAUAUCAGAAAAAAAGGAUGCAUGCACACAUAUACUGGUCAUAGUCGAGGAAUUAGCACAAUUAAGUUCAGUCCUGAUGGUCGCUGGGUAGUUUCUGGUGGAUAUGACAACAUUGUGAAGAUAUGGGACCUUACUGCUGGAAAACUUCUGCACGACUUCAAGUACCAUGAAGGACAUAUUAGGUCCUUAGAUUUUCAUCCACUGGAGUUCUUGUUGGCAACAGGCUCGGCAGACAAAACAGUAAAAUUCUGGGAUUUGGAAACUUUUGAACUGAUUGGUUCGACAAGGCCAGAGACCAGUAGUGUGUGCUCUAUAACCUUUCAUCCAGAUGGCCGGACUCUCUUUUGUGGAUUAGAGGACAGUCUAAAGAUUUAUUCAUGGGAACCUGUUAUAUGUCACGAUGCUUUGGAAAUUGGGUGGUCAAAGCUUAGUGAUCUCACCAUUAAUGAGGGGAAGCUCUUGGGUUGCUCAUACUAUCAGAAUUCAGUUGGUGUGUGGGCAUCAGAUAUUUCGCUUAUUGAACCAUACAGAGUUAGUGAUAUAAAUGAGAAGACUAAAUGCAGUGAACAAAAGCAUGAUCUCCAACAGAGUUCACCGGAAAAAGUUGGUAACCAUAGGCGAGCAGGUCCAGCUAUGCGAAGCAUGUCCCCGGAGUAUGACUCCAAAGAGAUAAAAAACAUCUAUGUAGAUAGUGAAAAGCCAGUUUCUUCUAAAAGAAUUGGUCGAGCCAACUCUAAGGGUUUAGUCUCAUCUUAUUCCAAGGAAAGUAGUAAUAUUCCAAAAUCGAGGCAGGGUCCUACUGCUGGUGCACAGGUCAAAACAUUCGGGCAAGCAAACACCAAAUCUUUUAUAGUACCAAACGUUGUGCUUCGGGACAGUUCUGAUGGAAAAGCUACGUCAAAAAGAGAAUCUAUCUCAAAUACUAGGGUUGGACCUACUGUACCAUCCAAACCUCUCCAUGCCCGCUCAAUUUCUGCUACUGUAUUUGACACAGAGAAGCUAUCAGUGGCCGUUGAACCCGAACCAAUGGGUAAAGUUAGUAAUUCAAAAGGUGCAGUGGAUUUGACCUUCAAUGGUAGAUCUCUGACAGAUGAUGAUGUUAAAGAAACAGCUGGGAAAAAGCAUUUGAAUGUAAAGGAUGUGUCAGAUAAGUUAGAGAAUGUAGUAUUACAUCAAAAGCCAUCUCAUCACGAAGCUGGUAAUGAGCAUGUAAACAGUACACAGAAACAACCUUCUGUUAGACAUGUAAAUGGAGUGACUGUUGUAAGAGGGCGUACUCUUAGUCUAGUUGAAAGGUUUGAAAGAAGAGAUGAAGUAAAGUCUGAAGAGAUUCAAGUGUCUGAUAUAUCUCCUAUUCUGAAACCUGAGAUAACACAUUCAACCUUCAUGCUGGGUAAGCAGCCACAAAUGAAGGAUAACGAAUCGCAAUGUGCCAAUGAGGAUAAUAUUACUGAAGAGUUGGUGCAGAAUCAUGAUGUAUUUUUAAGCACCCUACGUGGUCGCCUGACAAAACUUCAGGUGCUUAGGCAUUUUUGGGAGCGAAAUGACAUCAAGGGUGCGAUAGAUGCCAUGCGAAAGCUUCCUGAUCAUUCUGUACAAGCAGACAUGAUGAGUGUACUUAUGGAGAAAACAGAUAUUCUAACAUUGGAUACAUUUCAAUUCUUGCUGCCAUUGCUGUCCGGUUUGUUGGACAGCAAAACAGAAAGGCAUGCCAGUAUUUCCCUUGGGAUGUUGUUGAAGCUUGUGGCUGUGUUUGGUCCGGUGAUCCACUCAGCUAUUUCAGCACGUCCAGCUGUUGGAGUUAACCUUCACGCUGAGGAAAGAAUUGAAUGCUGCAAGAAGUGCAAUGUCCAGCUUCAAAAUAUCCAAAAGAAUCUUCCAGAACUUAUCAGGAGGGGCGGUUUAGUGGCUAAAGGUGCUAUGGAACUUAAUCUAGUCCUGCAACAGACAUAGGUGAUAGGUCCGCCCAUUGUCAUCCAUUCUCACUGGGUUACCCUUUUUCAGCACAACUGGUAAAACACAAUUGACAUAGUCAUGUAGCAAAACCGAGGCUCUCACAAUUUUGGUUGAUCUACACUCUACAUCAUUCGUUAAGUCAAUCUUCCAUUUUCAUGGGGAAGGGUUGUAGUUUUGAGAGCUUCAAUAUUGGAUAUAUAUAUAUACACAACUACUACACCUCGGCUGCUGCUACUGCAACUGGGUGUACAAAGACACCGGUGCUAUGACCGAUCAGAUGUAAUUCUUUCCCGUGUUUAUAGUAACCGCUCUUUAGAGAAUGUUGUAUACUUGUGCUAGUAAUGUAUUUUAUUAUAAUGUCAAUAUGUGACUACUUUUUUUGUGUGUAGAAUGUGUAAUUUGUAUUUGUUACAAUUAAGGUUAAUAAUCAGAAGAAAAUUAAUAUGC